AUCCUCCCCUCCCACGUGUGCCUCGUGACGUGGCGACUCAGCUCCGCACACACGAGAUGGAAGAAGUCCUUUGUCGGGUUUUUAUCUCUGAACAUGGAUGCCGUGUAGCUCCACGAUGCUUUUACUGAUGUUAGUGUUAAACCUGAGCACAGCUGAAGCUCUACAGGUGAUUGGAGGAAACAUCACCGUGGGACAAGGAGGGACUGCUGUCUUACCGUGCGAAGUCAUUGACACCACGGAGACGGUUACUCAGAUUUCAUGGCAGAGAAAAACCAGGAAAAAAACUGAGAAUGAAAACUUCUUCACAGUCGUGUCCACACAUGGACCAGAAGUUGUCACUGUACAAGAUAAACGUUUUACAUUUGUUGGGAGUGUUAAUGACUGCAAUGGAACACUCCAGUUUUCCAAUGUCACACUGAUGGAUGAAGGCAGCUACGCAUGUGUCUUCACUAUGUUCCCCAGUGGAAACCACAAGACAGAAGUGCCUCUAAACGUGCUUGUUCCUUCAGUCUCAAGCCUCCAGUACAAUAUUCCUGUUCUGGGCAAUGAGGAGGUUUUCCUGGUUCUGUGCACGGCUGCUGGUUCCAGGCCUCCCGCGGAGGUGAAGUGGUUGACUGGUACUCUGGAAGGAAAAGUGAGGGCAACAACCAACUCCACCAAGCAUGACAACGGUACAACUACCACAGUCAGCUCUCUGUUUGGAGUACCAACCACAGAAAUCAAUAACCACGUGGUCCAGUGUGUCGUCACCAACGCAGCCCUGUUGAAAGAAGAAACCCUUCCCUUCACCUUGCAGGUCCACUGUGGGUAUAAAAAUAAUUCCCUAUUUCAGUUACUUGUGCAGCUAAUGCGUAUGUAAUAAGCCUUGUUUCAGACUUGAA